AUGGAGCGCAAGCAAAAUUUGAAGAGGAAAUUUGAUUUCACUGAAGAAGGUGUUGUUCGUGAAAACUCUCGCCGUCUAACUCUCGCCGAUGAUAUUGCUCAACGCAUCGAUUUGUUAAACUCGAUUUCUUCGUCGUUGUCUGAUCCGGAUAUUGGUGCUGCUCAAAAUGAUCUCUGUUUUCUUUCCGGAUACGCCAAAGACGAGGAUAUUGUGGAUCUUAUGGUAGUUUCUGGUGUUGUUCCCGCUCUGGUGAAGGUUUUGCAUAUGCUGUCUAAUCUAGGUGAUUUUGAUGCUGAUAUUUACGACGUGGAAAAAGACUGCGUCUCUAUCCUCGGUCAUCUCGCUGUCAAGCCGGAUCAUCAACAACUCAUUGUUGAUGCUGGAGCCUUGCCCUGUCUUGUAGAAUUGUUGAUGAGACCGAAGGCCCCUGGUGUUUCUCAAGCACUUUUUUCUAGUCUUCUUGGGAGAGCAGCUGAUGCGAUAACUAAUCUUGCUCAUGAAAAUAUCAACAUCAAGACCCUUGUCAGGUUGGAAGGUGGCAUCCCUCCUCUCGUUGAUUUGCUUGAAUUCAAUGAUACAAAGGUACAGAGAGCCGCUGCAGGGGCCCUGAGAACUCUUGCAUUUCAAAAUGCUGAGAAUAAAGACCAGAUUGUUGAAUGCGAUGCGUUGCCCACUCUUGUACUAAUGCUUGGAUCAGAGGAUCCUGCAAUACAUUAUGAGGCGGUUGGUGUGAUUGGAAAUCUUGUCCAUUCUUCACCUGAAAUUAAGAGAGAAGUUCUUCUAGCAGAGGCUUUACAACCAGUUAUUUGCUUACUAAGUUCCCCCCUGUUUGGAGACCCAAAGAGAAGCAGCUCUUUUAAUUGGUCAAUUUGCCACAACAGAUUCAGAUUGCAAGAUUCACAUUGCCCAAAGAGGUGCUAUAAUCCCUUUAAUCAAAAUGCUUAA